GUUGGCGUCACUUUAAUCGAGAUAAGGGGAGCAAGCCAACAACUCGAUCGCGAGCCAGGAGGAACCGGUGGACCUCAACGAAGACGGCUGACCUGUCGACGACGACGGGGCUUGAGCAGUCUAGCUGUCUGCGUACAGGGUUGAUCGUGGUCAAGCUUGUGGUUUCGACCUGGGUCGGUACCGGAGCUUUUACACUCCAGGACUUGGGCGACUUGACAAGGAAGCAACAAAUCACAAGUCGGGAUCCCCUGAGUGCGAAGAGCUGCAGACGACCAACACGAACCCGGCCACCAAGCGCAAGACGGAAUUUCCACGCUGUCGAGGGGGCCGUUUCUGCGGCCGCCACUGAUUGCUCGCUCCAACGGCUUCACCAACGGCACCACCAGCCCACCUCUACUCGUUGCCUGAAGCAGCCGCCGUAGAUUUGACCACCAUCGAACCGCCAUCUCCAACAUACCGUUCAUCGCCGCAUUCUCCAUACCCCUUAACCGCCAAUAAUCCUCAACUGCCGUCUCCGUCGCUACAACCCAACUAUCCGGGCGCACACACCUCGACUCCUUCCCCUCCACCCCCCGCAGCGCUUUCUCCCGCGCUCGCGCCCGGCUUUGGCCGCUCGCCGCGCAGGGCACCCGAUAAUACUCCAUUGUCGCUCUUGCAAUCACCCUUUCGAACCCGCGGCGCAGUUGCGACAUCCAACUUUCCCCUCCACCGCCAGUACGCCCAGUUCCAUUCUCCUCAUCGCCAAUCCCCUGCUCGUCUUUGGAAUCCGACCAAUUCCACCCCGAGGCUUCCACCUGCUCCUGCUGCAGCAACUCGGAGGAGACGCCAGUCAUCGCCUCCGCCGCCGGCGAUCCCUCUCUCGCUGCCCUCGCCCCAUCUCGAUUUCGAUCCAUCAUAUCCAACAGCUACCGCCACCGGCGAUCAGCCAUUGUUAACCGUACCCGAGAACCAACAACAGCCACGGCAUUCAGUCAUCAGUGCUCGAGCCAGUCUGCAGCUUGAGCGUAGUACAGGCAGUGGGCAGCGUUCCCCUCUGCCGCGCACACUUCGACAUUCCCUUGAAGGGAAACGAGCUAGCAUACCACCUUCGCCCAUCGAACGAGUGGAGGAGACAGACGCAGGACCCUCUCGCAUCCGCGCUAUUGAAGAAAUCCCGGAAUCGAGCGCGUCUGGACGAAGGACUCGGGGUCAAAGUAUAUCAAGCACCCAGAGUCGGGUGCCGGUUGGGCUGAGCUUCGACCACGGAAAGAAAGGUUUGGACAAAGGGAAAGGGAAAGAAGACAUGGCUUCAACGGAAACCAAGCAGGAGGAGAGAGGGGGGGCCGGAUUUUCUCCCGACUUGGAACGAGGACCGGAUGUGAUGGACGCCCGGCAGUCAAUAGGAUCACGGAUAUCCGGCAUUGGUUCUGCCAUUUCAUCAGAUGACUCGGAUAUUUUGGGGGAUCCUGACCAGCAACCAGACGCUGGCGACGAAUGGGGACCUCAGCACGCUUGCUACCCGCACCUCAACCCGCACGUCCCCUUGGAUUCUCCGGAAUACAUUAAUACGCGAAUUAUCCGAGUCCGUCGGGAUUGGCUAUUGGAGGGUGAUCUGGCUCCUACGUUCUCAAACCUGUACCCCGAAAUCCUCGAGCCGGCAGGGUUAUCAGAGCAAGAGUUCCGGCGUGUGAUCCAAAAGCUGAACUCCGAGCUUGUGCCGAUAUUUAGUCCAUACAACUGGCGCAACAUUUUGGACGGCAUUCUGGGUCUCGCAACAGGCUGGUUAUGGGAAGACUUUGGGUUUACCGGUGUAAAGGCACGGUUACAAAAGCUCGAGAAUUGGAUUGAACAGUGGAACAAAGAGAUGGAGAAGACGGUGGGUAGUGAAGAUGGCACAAUCCCCCCCAAGAUCGUGCCACUGAAAAAGACCGGUUACAUGACAUUGGAUAUUCAAAUACCGGAUCCCGAGAUUGCCCCUGCACCACCUACACCGGGUGCCUCUCGCGGGACUGACGGGGCCAUUCAAGUUGAGCCUGUCGAACCUCCGCAACAACCACCAGCUGUAACUGUCUUAUGAGUGACUUCCGCCUUGAUCUGGCGAUGAAGCUCUCCCCGCCUAGUGAUCAUACCUUCGCAUGCCUCCUUUCUGCUUAUUCUUCUGUACGGAGCUAUCUGAAGCUCCUCAGUAAUUGCGCGCGGAGCAUGCUGGAGGAGUGUCAAUGUGACUGAUGGCUCUUGUCGGAUACAUCCACACGCCCCACAAUGAUGCAUUGCUGGAGGUUGCCUCUUUUUCCUUCUUCUUUUUACCCCCUUUUUUGCACCCACUUUUGAUACCAUUAUACCACCCUGUUCAUUAGCAUCGGCGUUGUUUGGAUAUUCUGGAAACCUGUAUUGUCACUCAGCCCCUAGCGAAGCGGCUUGCGCAUCAAAGGGAACUGUUUCCACAGAACAAUACAAUUAUGGGCGAGAGAGGACGCUUUUUAUGGAUAAAUUAAUCAGGACAAAAAAAUGAAGGAAAUCCGGGAGCUCUCAGCUUGAACAAAAUGUCUGGAGUUUGCCAUGAAGCUACCAUGCAAUCAAAGUCGCUUGGUCGAAGACCGCCUGACGAGUAGUGUAGUAGUAGCAUUUUCUCAUCGCCGAUCUCCAAACAAGGAAGCGUCUCCAUUUGCCCUACAUACCCUUGAG